CCGAUGUCUGUCAUAUAUGGAAUGCAGUGGUAGUAGCCAAGAAAAGAAGAUACAUUACCUUGCUGCUGGUUCCGCUGCCGCCUGAUAUUACCCAGUAGAUUCAUCCGCCCUCUAGACAUUCAUCCCGAGACAAGCUUGAACCAGCUUUCAUCCCAUCUCUCUUCUUCCCCCCCCCCCCCCGCAGCGCGGCUGGCGUAUGUGUGCGGCGCGCGUGUCUAAGGAACAUUGGCUGUGUCGUCCCAUCCUCUUGCGCCAGAAGCGCGCUCAUCCGCCUCCCACCCAUCUCGAAACCGUCCAUCCAUUGGCCUUCGAUGCGCCUUUAGCGGUGGGCUCCUAGUAUACCCAGAAGAAUCUUCGAAACUAUCCGCCCCCAUCGGAAGGUAACCACACUAUACCAUACUAUACUGGUACUACACUCUUGCUCACCCUAACUGGCAAUCUACCCCCAUUCACCGAAACCGGGCAGAACAGCCACACACCCGCACAUAUACAUACCUAAGUACACGUACAUACACGCACACCAUACAUAACAUUUCAUCCAUCCAACCGUAGAUAACCAUGGAAUCCAGACCGAGCCCGCCGCCGCCUCCGGGAUCUGGCCCGCUCCGGAUACCCGAAGCAGCACCCACCAACACCUCGGCCUUCGCCACGGACCCGGAGCUCUCGGUCAUCGACUCUCCGAUAUCGCCGGCCUCGCCCAACGCCCUCGCGCGUUUUGAAUUCGAAACCGGGCGCGGACACGAGGGGUCGAAGAUCUUGAUGGUAGAAUGGGAUCCGAGCCUCGGUCCCAAUUCGAAUUCUAGUGAAGACUGGUUGGUGUCGUGGGAUGGGAAGGGAACUACGUUUCCGGUUAGUGAGAAAGUGGUGGAGGAUGAGGUGCAACAACAGCGUAGGCAAAGAGUGUAUUUCUUACUACCCUCGAAUGCUACUGUGCCACCUGCUGUUACUAUUGAGUAUAAGGGAAUAGGAGCAAGUCGCACACUAACCGCGCGCUCGAUGCCGGCGAUUUUUGCGCCGGGGUUGGGGGUUGGGACGAGAGAUGCGGGACGUCGUGGCGUGUUGCAUACGAUUUGGGCGCGGUUGCGUGCGCAGCAACUGCAAGAUGAGAUUCGCGCUGAACUCGCGGAUAAUAGCGAAAGCGUGGGUUUAGAAAUGGCAGUCCAAGAACGACUAUGGAUCAUCGACCAUUUCGGGCUCGACGACCUGCGACCCCCCGAUGCCGGACCCGAUGCUUCAUCACCGAGUGCACAAUCAGCUCCGACACAACGAUCCCCGGUAGCAGGCCGGCUCGGGGAGAAGCUGCGCGGGCUAAAACUCGCGACAUCACCAGCAGAACUGGCUUAUGGUAGUGGGAGUGGCAAUAGUAGUAAUCAUAAUCCGUUAGGGAAUCAACAUCAUAAUAACCCCCAUUUGCCGAGACCCGAUCCCCCGGUCUCCCCACCAGUUAGGCGGGAAGGAGAGGCAGUGCCAUUGGUUAGAGUACCGAUUGGCCCGGAUGCAGGGGCUGGUGGUGUGGCGUCGCUUGAUGCUAUACUAGACAGUAGUAGUAGUCUACCACCAACGACCCAGACCAAAGAGACAGAAGACGAACUCUUUGCUCUCCCAAUGAGUCCCCGGAGUCCGGAGAUGAAAGCCAAGAGCCCGUUCAGCUGCUUGAAAUAGAAAUCCCGCGGAAGGAUUAAAAAAAAAGAAAAGUUAGGAUAAGUGAGAUUAGUGAGGAUGAGAGGAUCGUGGAAGUGGUAGAAAGAUGCAGAGAACUUACUAGAGAAGACUGGAUCUAAUGAAGUGAGAGGAAAGAAUAAACGGGUGGA